AUGGAAGAAGUAGUGCUCGCUUACAACAAACUGACAGUUGGAAACAUAUCGAGCGUGUUUAAGCAGAUAGAGAGCUCGUACAGGAGAGAUAGCAGAGAGACAACAGAUGUAAUAAUAAAAAUACUCGCAGAAACAGAAAUAGAGAGCAACUUGCUUGCCGUCUCCUCAAUGCUCAAGCUAAUACACUCUGUGCUGGAUAAAAAAAUAGUUGAAGAAGUCAUCUCCAAAGUGCCAAACUUAAAUUUGUACUGCUACAUAUUUAACUACGGCCUGGUGGAUGAUGCAUUUGUCAAUUCGAAAGUGUCUGAUCUUAUAUCUUGCAAAGACUCUUUAUCUAUUCUAAAGAUACUCCAAAUGUGCAGCACGCUCCUAGACGAGUCUACGCUGGGCAUAAUAGACACAAAAAUGGAAGAUGAUGGAAGCAUUCUUUGCAAGUUCAUCAAAGAAUCAAUAAAAAUGAUCCGCAGAGGACAGAGCCCUUACAGAAACUAUCUGCAAGACGAGAUGAACAGCAUAAAAAACACAAUAGCAGGAAUCCUGUCAAAGUACGCAGAGACAAACACCAGUGUGAUCACAACAGCAACUGACGCAGAAGAAGUCAUUGCCGUCAAGUUUGGAAUGAACACUUCGCUAAAGAAAAAGAUAUUUGCCAUUCUCACAAACAGCCAAGACUACAUCGAGGCGCAGAGAGCCCUCUACAAACAAAUCAUAAGAAAAGUCUGGCACAUUGAAGAAAUAGUUAAAAUAUCAAUUGGGCUGUGCAUAGCUGAGAAGAGGUACAACACAUACUACUCUUCGUUAAUUACCUCUCUAUAUGACACUUCGUCUGCAAACCACAAAAGCACAGUUAUGAAGUACAUCUACCAAACAAUCGACGAAAAGGUAGAAACUCUUUCCAAGCUAAACAUCAAGGAAAUAUACAACCUGGGAAUGCUAAUGGGCACUUUCUACUCGGUGGGAAUAAACACUCUGCGGCCCGUGGUAAACCUAGGGCUUAUUAUAAAGAAGGAAGAAGUCCUUGUGAGAGUUCUGAUAAAAAAUAUUUUAAAUUUGCAUCUCCAAAAGAAGAUCAAAAAGUUCAGAAAAAUGAAAGAGGCAAGUGCUUUUAAGAGCUUUUAUGCGAACAGUAUCAUAGACGGGUCUUUUUUGAAGACAGAGAAUAGAGAAGAUUUGGACGCUCUGUAUCGCGAGAUGUUUAUACAAAUUUAA